AUGUCCCGAGUCCAGGCAGUACUUUAUGGCCAACUGUUUGGUAGGUUAAGCGCUUUGUGGAUUCCAAACAGUUGGGGAGAAGCUCAAAGUUUCAUCCCUCAACUUGACUUGUUCAGAGUGUUAGGUCUCUACUGCGACACCAACUCAACGUACGUCCAACCCGAACCAUCCAACGGCCCCGGGAGGACCCAAAUACCCAGGAGGGAAGAGUACAAGGAAAACCGUGACCUCUCGGCACCACGCGAGAAGACGCCCCAACAGGCUACCCCGUCGGGAGAGUAA